AUGGCUGCUACAGAUAACUACGAGAUGGCGGUCGACCUGGACGCCGGGGUCGACGAAAUGCAGGUCGACGAAGCCCCUACGGACACCAUCGACUCUCUGAAGAACAGUGCGACAAAGAAGAAGGGACGUGGAUUCCAGGAAAGACGAGAAGACAGGGACAGCAGCAUAUCCGCUGGGCCGUUCGAGUCGCUAGAUAACGCAGUGGGUGCAGGACAGGCACAAAGAUCUGUAGAAGGAUGGAUCAUCCUGAUAACUGGAGUCCACGAGGAGGCGAAUGAGGAAGAUGUGACUGAACGAUGCGCCGAAUAUGGGGAAAUCAAGAACCUGCACUUGAAUUUGGACCGUCGGACAGGUUUCGUGAAGGGAUAUGCCCUCGUCGAAUACGAGACACACAAAGAAGCGCUUGCCGCGGUGGAUGGUUUAGAUGGAAGCUCGCUUAUGGACCAACCGAUACAUGCAAACUUUGCAUUCGUCCGCGGACCAACGGCUAGCAAAAGCGUUCAGGAGAGGAGGGCCAAUCGAGGCAGGGGGGUCCCACGGGAAGACCGUCGUGGCAGAUGA